AUGGUAAUAGUGAUAUUUAAUCUUAAUCUGAAAAAGAUUCAGUUUUUCCUUCUAUUUAGCCGACAGGGCAAGGUUCGACUUCAAAAAUGGUAUCUUUCAUAUCCAGAGAAGGAUAAGAAGAAGAUAAUGCGGGAUUUGAUUCCUGUACUACUAAGUCGUAAACCAAAAAUGUGUUCGGUCUUGGAUUGGAGGGAUAAGAAAAUUGUAUAUCGAAGAUAUGCGAGUUUAUAUUUCUGCUGUGCAGUGGAUCCGGAAGACAAUGAAUUAAUAACUCUGGAAAUAAUUCAUCGAUAUGUGGAAAUUCUUGAUCGUUACUUCGGAAGUGUUUGCGAACUAGAUAUUAUCUUCCAUUUUGAGAAAGCCUACUUCGUUUUAGACGAAUUAAUUCUUUGUGGUGAGCUGCAGGAAUCUAGCAAAGAAAGCAUUUUACGUGACGUUGAUUCGCAAGACCUUUUGCAGGAGGUUAGUUUGUCACCAUUCUGA